ACAAGAUUGGUUAACUGUCAAUUCCGAGUGUCAAAUUUUGUUUUCGUGUCCCUUUCAGUUGUGCGUUUUACAUGAUUUAAUUUUAAUUUUAAAAGUGUCCUAUUAAUUUAACAUUCAAAAUAAACCUGUAGCCGACAUGACCUCUAUUUUCGAGGAAUCUUAUGAUGUUUUCGAGGAGUUGGGAAAGGGACAUUUUGCUGUUGUCAAAAGAUGUGUACACAAAUCGUCAGGCAAUCAAUUUGCAGGGAAAUUUAUCCGCAAGAAGCGAGUUUGUCGGGGUGUUCCAAUGGAAGAUAUUCAGCGAGAAAUUGACACAUUGAUGCAAUUAAAUCACUCAAAUGUUAUAAGACUGCAUGAAGUCAUUGAUACUGGCCAAACCGUUAUUCUACUUCUAGAGCUAGUCAGUGGAGGAGAGCUGUUUGACUUUGUAACAGAACACCAACAUCUGUCCGAGUCACAAACAAUUCAUAUAACACGCCAGAUACUGGAGGCAGUGCAACACAUGCACUCCCUACAUAUUGCUCACCUCGACCUUAAGCCUGAAAACAUCUUGCUCAUGGAAAAGACAUCCCUUCCAACAAUAAAAGUGAUUGAUUUCGGACUCUCCCAAAAGUUGGACUCCGUUUCCGAAAUCAAAACAGUCUUUGGAACGCCUGAGUUUGUAGCUCCAGAAGUUGUUAAUUUUGAAACCCUCUCCCUUGCUACUGAUAUGUGGGCAAUUGGAGUAAUCACCUAUAUUUUAUUGAGUGGCCUGUCUCCAUUCCUUGGGGAAGACAAGCAACAAACAUAUACAAACGUUUCCACUGGAAGUUAUACAUUUGAACAUAAAGCUUUUUCCGAAAUCAGCUCUCUCGCCAAGGACUUUAUUGCAAAAUUACUCAAAAAAUCGCCGAGAGAAAGGAACACAGUUGUACAAUGUUUGAAGCAUCACUGGAUCCAACCCCAGGUGCCGGACGUCAUAGCCAGUCCACUUUCCGUUUUUGACGCCGUCCAAUCAGGAGAUGUCACAGCAGUUGAACAAGUUUUACACCUUGACCUUAAUCAGAUUGACAAGAAUGGAGAGUCAGUGUUACACGUGGCGGUGAGAGCUGAUAACACAGAGAUCACGCGACUGUUGCUCUCCAGUGGUGCCAACCUAGCAGCCGCAGACAGUAUGGGUGAGACAGCAGUUUUCCACGCAGCAAGGCACGGCAACGAGCAACAGUUGGCACUCCUGAUCAGAGCCGGCUCUAGCCUCACCAGCUGCAACAAGGAAGGUGACACGCCUCUACACAUUGCAGCGACAUGGGGUCACCUAGAAUGUGUCAAGUUGUUGGUAGAGAGCAGUGCUCUUGUAGAUGUGGUUAACCACCAGGGGGCGACUCCUCUACAUCUCUCUCUCACUCACAGACACUCAGACGUAGCCACGUACCUCAUACAUCAGGCCGGGGCCGAUGUAGAACUGCAAGACAUGAAUGGAGAGACAGCACUCCACGGUGCAGUCAGAGAAGGCUUACUGGGUGUUGUACAGAGUUUGUGUCGUCUUGGUUGUGACACGGACAUUCCUAACAAGCAAGGCCUCUACCCCCUCCACCUGGCCGCGCGAUAUGGACAUACGGAGAUAAUCAGGAGUCUCUGCUUGGCAGGCUGCAACACAGAUGUGAAAAACCAAGACGGAGCCAAGGCUGAAAUUACAGCUCUGAAAUUUGGCCAUAAUGACAUCAGCAAUCUGCUUAACAGGGUGAAAAAUGGAGAGACCCAGGAAGGGUUUAUCCGUCAGCUGUUGCCCAAGGUCGGACUACCUCCUCGGGUCAACAUCCAGCUUUUCGGACACUCAGGGGUUGGCAAGUCCACCCUUGUAGAGACACUCAAGACUGGUUACUUCAGCAGUUUCUUCCGCAGAAGCAGACCUCUUGUCAGCAACAAUACAAACUCCAUGCCUGCUUCACCAAACAAGAUGCAUAUUGAGAUGGAUCUAACAUCAAGACGCAACUCUCUCAACUUUGACCUGUACAACUUCCAGUACACGAGGGGCGUAGAUGUUCAACAGGUGAGUUUAUCAGGCGCAGGGGACGUUACUCUCUGGGACUUCUCCGGACAGGACAUGUACUUCUGUGUGUACCACCACCUGCUCACCACAUCCGCCAAGAACGCAGUGUUCCUCGUAGUGUUCAGCCUCAAGGACCCUCCCAACACUCAGCUGCGGCAGUGUCACUUCUGGCUAACGUUCCUGCAGGCCCGCAUCCCUCCUACAGAACCUCUAGGAACCAACGGAAUCAGCGGCAACAUGCCCAGGGUGAUUUUAGUGGCUACACAUGCAGACACGUCACAAACACUGCGCGACCAGAGUGGCCAUUAUGUGAGCGAACAGGCAAACAGUGUUUGUGUGACGCUGCGGCAACACUACGCGACGACUUUCCAUAUCAACCGCCGCGUCGUAGUUGUGGACUCCCACCAAGCACUCAGUCCUGGUAUACGACUACUUAAAUCCCUGGUGCAAACCGAGCGAACUAGCAUUGCACAGGGUGUUCCACAAAUGACAGGGUUCUGUGAGGCUGUGCGCAGCUGGCUACCGACCUUGCGCAAGUCCGCGCAGAGUUUCCCGGUUGUGUCGUGGGAUAGCUUCGUAGACGCUGUCCGAGCACAAGUCAACCCUCUGGCUGACUCACAGCACUUCAGUGAACUGCUGACUCAACUACAACACAUGGGCGAGGUGGUGUAUCUCAAGUCCUGUCUACACCCAGAUCUGCUGGUGUUGUCUCCACAAUGGCUAUGUGGGCCGGUGCUAGGACAACUUCUGUCCAUAGACUUUGUCGCCCACGCUCGUAUCACAGGCUGCUACACAGUGGAGGACUUCCAGUCGGCCUUCCCUCAAACUGACGCACUCGCACUACUGCAGGUCCUUGAAACUCUACAGCUCUGCAUACAGUGUGAUGUGGAUGGAGAGCCGGAGUAUGAGUUCCCAUGCUACAACCUGGUGGAGACUCUGGAAGGUCUAUGGGAGGAACACGACCCAAGAUAUAAACAAGCUGUGUACGGAGGUGUCAGGCUACACACGCCUGAGGGAACCAUGCAUCUGCUACACUCUGUCUUCCCUAGGAUCCAGGUCCAGUUACGGAGGACCGUGAUGAACUAUUGUGACUCGGAGACGGAUCUGUACCAGUGGUUCCACGGGUCCAAGUUGUGCUCAGGACUUAUAGAGAGUCUAGUGACUCUGGAGACAUCGUCACACACGAGUCACUCCGAGUGGAUAGAGAUCAAAGUCCGAGGACCUCCGCAUACAGCUCCAGUCUGCUUCUUCUUCAUCGAGGAGAUACUCGACAUAAUUGAUCUGGUGAUGGUGGAGAUGUGCCCGGGACUGUCUGUAGAGAAGCAUGUUCUGAGUACUUUAGACUUGAAGAAUCACUGUGCAGCAUCCUACUGCUUCCCCCCUGACCAGCUGAUGACAGCACUUCUCUCUGAAGAGAAGCUUGACUCAAAGUUGUACAAUCCUCUGGCCGAGUGUAACGAAACUCUGUCAGACCUUAUUGCUUUCAACUCCAAUGAGGUGCGUGAGAUGCUAGUGCCAGCAGACCAGCUGUCUGUCAACUGCCUAUCGACUGUGUGUCGUCAACAGUUGUGCGCUCUCCUAGACCCACCCGACCCUCUAGGAAAGGACUGGUGUCUCCUAGCAGUCCAGCUAGACCUACAAGACAAGAUUGCAGCCAUAGAGAAGUCAGGAAACAGCCCCACAGGCAUGUUGUUGGACUCCUCACAGGCUAGUGUUGGCACACUGAUCAGGAAGCUGACAGAGCUUGGUCGUGAAGACGCCAGUGCAGUGCUGCUGCGUAACGCUCCUCUCUACCGCAUCAACCCUGAGCUGAUGCAGACGCAAGACACUCCGAGUGACAGCUCACAAAACCUCUCCCGGUAGAUCAAAAAUUGUCUGACAAACUCUCAUUAAAGCUUUACUACUUAUCUUGUAGCCUUCUUAAUUUAUAAAUGUUGUAUUUUUGUAGUUGAUAAUCUUGAUGUUAUAAUUAAUUGUAAUUUUUAAAUUGUGAAACGAAUCUCUCUAUGAAACACCAAGACAGUUUAAACGCUUUUACAUGUAACUUGUUUCUUAUUACGUGAUUUUGGGAAUGUUAGUUGUAAGUAUUCAAUUAUCACUAGACUUAUCAUGUUUUGUACUUAAACACUGCACUGAAUCAAAACUUAGGCCUAUUGUAAGACUAGAUCGAAUCUUUUCUACGCUUGUUACUAUAGGUUUGUUGUUAGCGGUACUUAAGCUUUAUAUUAUUGAUUGUGUUGUAUACAUUGUUUUAUAAAUGUUAUAAGGCUUUUUCAUGUUUCUCGUUUGUAAGCUUUUUUUAUUUAAUUUUAUAUAUUAUAUAUAUUUGUUGAUCUGUAAUUUUCAGGCAAGCUCAAGCUUUGUAUUUGUUAACCUAGGUUAAGGUUAGUGAUCGCUUAUAUCUGUUUAACUUAAGUUUUAGAGAUAUAUUUUUAGCUAUUGAAUCUUGUGAUUAAUGUCUGUACUGUAUGCCAUAUAUUAUUUAUCCAUUGUAUUGCAUUGUGUUUAACUUUGUAACAGUACUUUACUUGUAUGAUUUUGAUAUAAAAUAUGCCUACAUUAAAGUUUCAUAUAAUUUAAACUUUUAAUUUAAUUUUAUAAUUUAACUUUUAACUUUUAACUUUAUAAUUUAAAAUUUGUAUUUGUUUAUAAUUGUAUCAUCUCUUGUUAAACAUUGUUAAUAGGUUGUUCAAUUGCACAUUCCUUUUAUAGGCUGUUUGUAAAAAAUUCGGGGGUUGUUCCUCAUUGAGUGUAGCAAGCCAAGCUCUUAUACUACCCUCCUGCUUUUGUUUUACAAAUACUCCUCCUGAAUGGCUGAACUAAAUUAAGCACAGUCGUAGUAAGAAACUAUGGGAAGAUAUAAAUCUGAAAUGGUACAAAUCGAACCACAGGGCUUAUCCCUACAUGAAUUUAAAGUUUUAGAAAUUUACCAGGGGUCUUAUAGGUUCAUUGGUCGCUAUGACAGUAUUUGCAAAAAAUUCUUAAGAUAUGUUUGUCAACUAAUCAUCUAAACUAGUACAUUACGAAUACAGAUCCAAAGGGAAGAACAAUAAUUGGAUCAAUACCGUUGAGCAGGGGCAAAAAAAUGAACAACAAAAUGAAUAACAAAUCAGGCUUAUGCCUAAUUGACUUAAGAUACUGCCAGCGAAAUAUAGCAUUAGCUUUGGAUACUACAAGUAGACAUUCCAUUACAUGUACCCGACGUACCAUUGACUUUGGAUACUACAAGUAGACAUUCCAUUACAUGUACCCGACGUACCAUUGACUUUUGAUACUGCAAUUAGACAUUGAAUUGAUGUGAACCUGAUGUACCAUUGAAUAUGAUACUGCAAGUAGACAUCUCAUUUAUGUGAACCAAAUGUACCAUUAAUAUUGAAUACUGCAAGGACACAAAACCGUUGUAGUAGGUAUUGAUUUUGGAAAAGUAUUGGAUUAAUAUGAUUGCUCCGCUCAAUAUUGCGAGCAGACAACUGCAUUGUACACCUAGUCAAGUUAAUACUCAAUUUGAAUAAUUUUCACUCACGUAAGGUUCUGAAGUAUAUGGUACUGAUUUUUUUUAAAUAAGCACUGCAUGUCCAGACUUUUGCGAUCAUGUAAAUGUGUGUUUUUGGCGUAUACCUUGGUGCUCUUUUGAAAUCGUUACACUUUACACCUAUAUAAAGAUUUAGUGACAAAAUCGCUCAGUUUAAAGUAAUUUAAACUAACACAUUUGAUUGGAAGAUUGAAAUCACUCAAAAGACAAACUUCAGCCACUCUACCUAACUUGUGAUAUACUGUAACAUGAUCGGCAUAAACACUUUCUUUGCAAAUUGUUAUCUAGUCUUUGGCAUUUUUUGUUAUACUCAGCAAUAUAAACACCUAUCUCUGGCCUGAUAUCAACUAUCAAUUAUUGAAAUGGGGACACCACCUAGAGUAAAGCUGCAAACCCACCUCAUUUAAAUGUUUUUUACAGUUACAGGCAGUAUGAUGACUGUUUGAGAAAUAAGUUUAUCUGUAGUGUUUUUUAUAGUUGAAAGAGAGGGGCCAUUUAAAUCAGCAGACAGUUGCUUAGGAAAUAUACAUGGUACUGUGUAUAGACCUAUAUUUUUCCACUUCUAAUCAGGGAUUUUUUAUUUUAGAAUUGUCUAUGUAACCGCCUAAGAAGAUUUCAGUUUUAUUGAAUGAUUUUUUCUUACUCUAUAUCACCCAUUUGUGUCACUUUCAAUCACCCUAAUGUUACAUUGUCAAAUAUUAAUCCAAAAAUAUAUGUAAAAAUUAAGACACACUAUCUACAAUGGGCAAAUUUCAUAAAUGUUUUUAUUAUCUGGACUGCACGUUUAUGUAAACUUUAUUCUCUAAGUGUUUAAUUAUUGAGAUGUUAUUAUUGUUAAGACUAUAUCAAUGUUCUAAAAUGAGCCAACUCUUUAAUUUUUUUUUAUCAUCACGUCGCUAAAUAUUUCAAAAGCACUUAGAGUAACAAGUAGUGUUGCAGCAUAAGUAUUAAAUGCAAUAGUAUUUUGAAUGUUCUUUCUCUAUCAUCAAUUUUUUUAGAUAUUUAAAAAAUCUUUUAAUCACAUUUUGUGUGAUUAAAUUUUGUGUGUUGAAUUUUAUUUGGAAUAUUACCAAAGUGCUUUUUUCCUGAGGUACCGGUAAGAAUUAGGGACCAUGUUGUGUAUGUGAUUGAGCAAAGCACAUUUUUGUAGUUCUAAAUAUUUCUUGCCAUACUUUCACAAAUAAAUCAAGAUCAUUUACAGUA